CAGAAAAUGGCUGCGCCCUUGAUGAACACUCGUUGGGCAAUCUCGGUUAGUUGAAGGGACUGUAUUGUAUAAGUAUAAUUACAGGUUUCAUCGUUCAGGAUAUGUUUUGGACUGCCACAGGUGUGUCGAGACUAUUUCCAAGAACAACACAGAUUUUCAAAAGUUGGUCAAGAAUUGCAUCAUAUUCACAGCUGUCUAACUUCAAGAAAAAAGGGAAACUCAAGACUAUGAAAAUAGAUACACCAGAAUUCAGGGCUCUUUUCACACCUGAGCUACUCAAACUAGAAUCUUUAUUUAAAAGUUACCAGUAUGAGCUGCGUAUAGCUGGAGGAGCAGUGAGAGACCUGCUGAUGGGAAAGACUCCACAUGAUGUGGACUUUGCUACCACCGCUACACCAGAGGAAAUGAAAACAAUGUUUGAAAAGGAAAAAAUUAGAAUGAUUAAUGCAAAAGGAGAAGAACACGGGACCAUAACUGCAAGAAUCAAUGACAAGGAAAAUUAUGAAGUGACCACCCUGCGUAUAGAUGUGGUUACAGAUGGACGUCGUGCUAAAGUGGAAUUCACCAGAGACUGGCAACUUGAUGCCAACAGGAGAGAUCUUACUGUUAAUUCAAUGUUCUUAGGUUUUGAUGGAACACUGUAUGAUUACUUCAAUGGCAAGGAAGAUUUAGAGCAAAGGAGAGUGAAGUUUGUAGGAAAUGCAGAGGAGAGAAUUCAGGAAGAUUAUUUACGGAUACUUAGAUACUUCAGGUUCUUUGGACGGAUAGCUACAGAUCCAAACUGUCAUUUGGUUGAGACAUUAGAGGCAAUAAAAAACAAUGGGCAUGGUCUAAAAGGAAUAUCUGGAGAGCGCAUUUGGACAGAACUACAGAAAAUAGUUGUUGGUAAUCAUGCACCAAGUAUAAUGGGAGUCAUGGCUGAUCUUGGCCUUCUGCAAUAUAUGGGGCUCCCUUCAGACUGUAACCUAGAGGAAUUCAAAAAUGUGUAUGCUAGCGCAAAAGAAUUAGACCCAAAGCCAAUGACCAUGGUAACAGCUCUUCUUCAUAAGGAGGAAGAUAUUUACCAAUUUAGAGAAAGAGUCAAGUUUUCAAAUGAUGAUCUGGGCAUAGCACUGUUCGUUCAGAAGCAUCGUAGAGAUCAGAACACCCAAGAUAAAAUCUAUUACUGCAAGGAAUUGCUCUGUGACACAGAAGGAAGUGUGGUGAAAACAAAAGAAAAGAUAUGUGAACUUCUUAAGUACUUUGGUAAUAAAGAACUUCUAUCGCAGCCUGAUGAUUGGAAUAUACCCAGAUUUCCUGUGCAUGGACAGUUUUUAGUUAAGAUGGGAUUAAAGAAACGGGAAAUUGCAGUUACGCUUGCAGCUCUGAGAAAACUGUGGAAAGAGAGUGGUUUUACACUGUCACAGGAUGAGCUUCUGGAACAUGCUGAAAAAAUGGUGAAGGAUGGUGAUUCCUCCCAGUCCAAGACCUGAUCAGCUUUCUUAAUUCUCAUGUUAUUUAUGUACAGUCAUUGUCUGUAUUUUUUUUAAGUUUAAAUUUUUUUGCACAAAGUAUUUUGUGUCAGAAAAAAUAACUGAUUAUAAUGAAUGAUUUUGUGGUAAUUCCUAAAUCCUGACUUUUUCGUUAUCACUUUUACAAGUCAAAACGUUCUAGAUAUUAGUUACAUGUACAUAUGGGAGAACUUUAAGGUUUUGUUCUGAAAUAUCCAGCUCUGUUUUAACUGUUAUGCAACCUGAAAUGAUUUCAUUCUCCAGGUGACUGCCAGAUGUAAUCAGCUUACAUUGACUCUUGACCUGAUGAUAUUGUGAAAAAGAAUGUUUUCUUUAUUUCUUGUGCUUUUGCUCACAAUUCAGAAUAAAUAAAAUGUAAUCUAUCUAGAUGUGUAUUAUGGUGCCAGGAUUCCUGGCUGAGGAUUUACCACCAUUAGGGUAGAAAAAGUAAGAAAUUGGUUUGGGGAAAGCAUAUUUCAGGUAGACUCAAUUUGUUCAUCAUGUCUUGGAAAAUAGAAGGUACAUGUAUUAAUAGCAGUACAACAUAUACACUCUAAGCUAAGAUUUCUGAUGUAUUUCUUGAUGUUGUAGUGGAGGACUCCUUUGGAUGUAAUUUUUUGGCAGUCUAGUGAACUAAUUUACACUGUUGACUGAUCGAACUGAAGAAAUUCAUGAUAUUAAGAGGACUUUAUCUUUAUGCAGGUGUGCACUGGACACUAUCCUGUGACCAUUAUAGGAUUAAUAGACUUUACAUUUUGUGGUAUUUGUACAUAGAAAUUUCACUGAUGUGAACGUGUUUGACUCCAUUUUAAUGACAGUCAAAAGUCAGUAAUCAGUUUUAGCAAUUUACCAAGGGUGUACCAUUGCAAAAUUAUGGAAGAACAUAAAACUAAAGAUCAUUGAACUGGAAACAAUCUGACCUGCAAGCUUCUCUAUCGCAAUCACUAUGGAAAGAGGGAUGAAUUAAUUUUUUAUUAAUACAAAUUAUGCAUGCCACAUUUUAAUUUAAAACAUCAACUCGUUUUCUUUAAUAUAUGUAUAUUUGUUAUUAUUUAAGUUACAAAUGAUAUGUACAAAUCUGUACAAGACUGGAUCAGCAGUUCAUAAUUUUGUUCACUUCAAUGACAAUGGUAAAAGAUAAAACUAUUCAAAAUACUAUAUAAAGAGGGGAUGAAGUUUAGAUUCAACAACAAAUUUUCUAUGGAAAAAAAACAUUUUGUAUAUGAUAGUUUAU